AUGUCAACUUGGAAUCAACUCUACGAUCUUGAACCCCUCCUCCAUACUCCUCCCACAGAACCAACCUCAAAACAACAACACUCGUACAUUACCUGCAAACCCUACAGACGCUACGAUUCCGAUACCUCUUCCAUCAGCAGUGCUGAAGGCAUCGACGAUUUCGACAGCCCAACCUGGUGGGAUAUCCUUGACCACGAAGAAGAAGCCAUCACCCGCUACAAGAAGUUCUUGCGCGAGCAAUUAGCCAAAGGACAGAGUUCGAAGAAGCAAGAAGAACCUGAGGUUAUGAUGAGAAGAUUGCAAGCGAAAAGCAAGCCUGUACAAACUACAAAGACAGUGUCUUUGCCAGAAAGAUGCAAGGAGAAAAGCGAUCACACGCAUAUUGUUGAGAAGAUGCAGAAUUCGCGAGAUCUGGCUGGACCGGUUGAGUUCUGUUUCUGGAGUAUGAACGGUCAAGAGUGCAGAUGUGGAAAAUGUUGA